GGACCUUGGAAGAGGAGCGAGUGGAGAGGUUCUUCAAAGUCGGACUCACAUCGCAUUCCCUUCUAGAAGGUUUCGCUCGCUAAUGCUACUAAUGCUGCGCGCGCCAAUGACGAAGUCACGACGCUGGGAGACAUACGAUAGACGAUGGGGGAGAGCGAGCGACUUUGCAUUCCUGACAUGUUCACCAUGUACGAGUAUUAUCAGUUACACCGUACGGGGUGGUUGUUGGUGAUAUGUGCCAAUGUGGUAACUGUGGUCCUGGAGACAGACCAGAAACACUACGGAACCGAAAGAGAGGUAGAGACGGAGAAGGACGGCGUAGGAUCCUGGGAUGCAAUGAACCAUGGGCCGAGUUGGAGUUGUGUACGGUGUAUUAUUGUUCUCAUCAUCAUCAUCAUCAUCAUCAUCAUCAUUAUUAUUAUUGUGUAUUAUCAGCUUCUGUGUGAUGAUCCUACUCGUCCAGGGCCCCAAGAUUGUGACGGGAAUCACGAAUUAAGGCCCGACUGCUGGGAAUGCGGAAGAACGCGACCGUCUUCCGCUCACAUCAUGAUUAGUUCUUGUACGAGUAUCAUCUACGAGUAUCAGUGGUUCUUAUGGAGGACGACCCAUGCGCAUUUUGAGGUUCGGUAUGCUGGGACGCCGCACGCUGGGACGAUGUUCACUCAGCAGGCGCCGCCGCCCGACUACGGACCAAGCGCUGCAGUAGGUACAGGUAACAUGCAGCAGCAGCAGCAGCGACAGGAUAAAGUCGAGAGGGACAACAGACGGUCAGAAUUCCCAAAUGAUCGAGAUUUGAUGAUUCGGUGUAACAAGGUAGUGUUGAGUUGUUGUUCGUCUAUACGGGAGUACUGUCAAAGGAAUGGUGGUGGUGGUGGUGGUGGUGGUGUUGUUGAGUCGAAAGGUGUUGAUGGUGGGGUGGUGGAUCCAUUCGAACGAACGAACGAACGAUGA